CAAGGGGGUUCGCGAUGUGUACACACGUUUCUCUGUAGCUACGGAAGUGUGUCGGUGUGUAUGUACACACGGCUGUGCGUUUAUACACGAUUAUAUAGAUAUAGGUCGACUUGCGGCGCGCUGCGCACACGCAGGAGGCAGUUUUCCGUAGUCCGCGAGCUACGUUACGCGAUCUACUCUUGUACACACACACACACACCCACCCACACAUUAGACACGCAUACAUGUGUAGACUAGACGUGUUCCCUUGACUACCCUGCGGAGCACAGCAGACACACAUUGUAUUAUUACACGAGCUCAACGAGCGACGCCAGACUCAGGCGUAGAGGCAGUUCAUGUAGCACAUUGGCCGCACCUGGUUGCCAACGGCCUGCACCUAUCUACCCGCAAGCUCUCGUCUCGCCUCGUCUCGCUUCUCUCAUUCUUCUCCCCGGUGGCGGGAUCGCCUCAAGUGCGUCGUUGUCGCGUUUCCAAUCAUCUUGGCUGUUGCAUCGCGAACCGCUUCUCUAUAACUAUGCCGAUAAUUCUUUAGAAAAUCCAUUUUCUUUCUUCUUCUCUCUCUCUCUCUCUAUCUUUCUCUCUCGAAUGCGACGCGCAAGAAGCAUGAUAAUACAUCGAACCCGCGCGAAUCGAGCGCCCUGCAGUGUCGUCGUUUCCGCGCCGCAAAGUUCAUCGGCCGCGAUUUGCCGAUGCAGUUGAUGAUCGCGUCGAUGCCACAUUCGGUCUUUCGGAACGAGUUUCACACUGACGCGUGCGAACACGAUCGAGACGAAGCUGAGCUUUUUUUCUUACUUUUCCUCGGCCAAAGCUAUUCGAAUUUUGACGCGCGCGAGUUGCAGUGAUUGCUAAUAGCGACGUCCUAUGGAAUUAGAUGCGUCGAACCAACGACCUCGAGUGACCCGAUUUCCCGGACAAGCGACUGAGUUAUUUAGCGAUUUUGAAUAAUCGUUUAGUGCAGUGCGUGCUUUUACAGUGAUUUUACUCGACAAAUUCGUGAAUACCGGUAAAAUGAGUGUAAUAAAGAUUUUGGCUGUUCAUUUCAUUGCAUUGAUAACCAUCAAUAAUUUUGUACAAGAUGUGGAGGGAAUCGCUUGCUACAUGUGCAAAUCCGUGAACGGCAGUUAUCCUCCUUGCGACGAUACUUUUCACAACAAUCAGACGGACAAUUUACUAGCCAGCCCCUGCUUUAGUGGCCGAAAGGGACGUAUCGGCUCGUUUCCGGCUUCGCAUUGCAACAAGCUCACGGGUGUUUACGGCGACGAUGGCUCGACGAUCACGAUAAGAUUUUGCUCUCUGGACAGCGGCUCGUUGACGAUCGAUUCCGAGCUCGUCAGAAGCUCCAGUUGUGGCGGCUUCGUAUUAGACGGGAGACACGUACACGGAUGCGCUAUGUCGUGCAAUGAUAACGACGGCUGCAAUUCGGCCAUUCGAUCGAUGAGCUCAUCGAUUGUCACGAUCGCUACAGCCACAUCUCUGUCGCUCUUCGCUUUCGCAGUUGUGAGCGCGUAAACAAAAAAUUGAAAAAGAAAUACUCACGUUACCUGUGCACUGCCACCUGCGGCUACUAAAUAUAACAAUAUAUUUCUGUCGUGUUACAAUCGAAGAACAAUAAUUUUAUAUUUACAGCCUUUUGCUAAUCGAGCGUUGUAUAUGUUAAGCACGCGACGAUUCAAAUAUGUGUGUAAUAUUCUUUCAUCGAAGACUGUUUAGAAAUAAUUGACCAAGAUUCAUCAAACGAAGCAGAACUCUUUUAUCGUUGGCCAAUUUUUUGAGGACGAGCCACAAUCAAAAAUGUUUGCUUGCAUUCAUAAGGACGACAGUAUAAUAUUAUAAUGUACAUUUUGUAACUAUAUGAUAAAUUAUAAAUAUUUUACACAAUCACAGCAAUACAACUGCCUUACUCAAAUGUAAAUUAUAAAAAAUACUCAGCCAUGGGUGUAAACGAAUGAACUAUAAAUAUAUAUAUUAUUAUAAAUCUCUAAUUGUGUGAAAUCUUCGACACGAGUGUAAG